AUAACCCCUGACUCUUAUUCCCUAAAACCUUGUCGGAUAUUUUCGAAUACCAGUGGGUUUCGCGUGUUACACGAUUUGUUCAGUUGGUGGAAGGGGGUAAUGCCCAAGGUCGUGGGCGCUGGGGGAAAUGCAAACUUCCAAGGCUAAGGGUGAGGUGGUAGGGCGGAAGGCUAAACUCGCUACCUCGUACCAAGAACUCCUUGACGAAUUUUCAAACAGGGAUCUGAAAAAUGUCGGGAACUAUUCUCUGGGGAAGCUGAUAGGAAAGGGUUCCUUUGGGAAGGUCUACCUCGCCCACCAUAAGCUCACAAAUGGCUCCAAGGUUGUACUCAAGUCGGCCAAUAAGGAUGACUCAAACCUCGCCCGAGAGAUCCAUCAUCAUCGACAGUUUGUUCACCCGCAUAUUGCGCGACUAUAUGAGGUCAUUGUGACCGAGACCUUGGUAUGGCUGGUUUUGGAGUAUUGUCCUGGCGACGAGCUUUAUAAUUACCUUUUAAAUCAUGGGCCUUUGCCUGUUGAUAAGGUUCAGAAGAUAUUUUCUCAGCUCGUCGGUGCCGUCUCUUACGUCCAUCAACAGUCGUGUGUGCACCGCGAUCUAAAGCUUGAAAACAUUCUACUUGACAAGCAUGAAAACGUCAAACUAGUAGAUUUUGGCUUCACCCGUGAAUAUGAAGGCAAAUCCAACUACUUGCAGACAUUCUGCGGUACGGUCUGCUACUCUGCUCCCGAAAUGCUCAAAGGGGAGAAGUAUGCCGGAGAAAAGGUGGAUGUCUGGAGUCUUGGCGUAAUCCUCUACGCGCUGCUUUGCGGUGAGCUCCCAUUUGAUGACGAUGAUGAUAAUGUUACGAGAACAAAGAUUUUGUCAGAGGAACCAAGAUAUCGAGACCAUUUAACAAGCGAUGCUGUCUCACUGAUCAAGCUUCUGUUGUCAAAGCGGCCUCUUCUACGGCCAUCGCUGCCCGAAAUACUCUCACACCCAUUCAUCGCGGAAUUUGCUCCCCAGCAACAGGCUAUUCUGAAGGUCCAUCAGCCACCACCAUUCGCUACCGCCUUGGAAAAAGAUUGUCUUCAGAGAAUGCGUAGCGCUGGUGUAGACAUCGAUGCCGUAAUUGAGAGUGUCCUCGCUCAGAAGUGUGACGCAUUAGCUGGCUGGUGGACCCUGCUGCUCGAGAAAGAAGAGCGGAAAGCGAAGAGGCGGGAGAGAAGACGUAAGGAGAAAGAAGCAGAAAACAGAAACUCGAGACGUUUUUCGGCAGCGUCUAGUAAACUAGAAAGGAUGGCUCCUAUUCUCGACGAAACCUCCAAUGGUUACGGUCCUGGUUGGCUUGGAGAGCCACCGUUGCCUAGGACGCGAGGUCGUGCAGAGAGAAGAAGUGCUCACUAUGCCGAUUAUGCUGUGACGGACCUGCCUAACCUUCCAGAAACAAAAGAGAAGGGCCCUCUUCCGGAUGAUCCUCUACCACCACCACCUCUCGACAAGGCUUCGGUCCGCUCGGUUAGUUCCUCUCGACACCGACGGCCAUUGCCCCCUCCCAAAGAAGGGAUUCUUCGAAGUGCGAGGUCUAGGGGCUCGACGCUUCAUCUGGUCACGACCACAGGUGCGAUCAACAAUCACGGUGGGCGCGAACAAGGUCCACCCCAGAAGACGCGCAAGAACCCGUCACAGGCAAUUGUUGCGACAUGGAAAAACUGGACUCAUUGGAUUGUGGAGAACACAAGAAGACAUAGACCGAAUAAGCGAGGCAGCCUUUCUACGCCGAACUUGGUGGCCAAGGAUGGGCAGCCUGGUGGGAAAUCGCCCAAUAAUCCAAGUCCUCGACCUCAAACCAGCAAAUAUCCUGCUACGGUUUCCAGUCAACAUUCUCGCAAUGGGGACCAUUCGCCAGACCUACCCAAUGGCACCAUUAGAACUCUUAAGGACAUCCGCGGGACCCCGUCUAGGAAACCGGUGCCCGCGCCUCUGUCGACUGUCCCUGGUGUGGGACGUAGACUUUCCUCCAAUUACAAACGCCAAUCUCUUUCACCAGGCCCCAUGACACCCAGGUCUACAAUGCGGCGCUCGUCGACCGGGCUGCGGGGAAGGAAGUCGACCUCGUCUUCGCUAUCGUCGAUCAGGACGAUGCCUCAUCAUCACCAUACACACUCUAAGGCCAGUUCGACAAGUUCGAAUGGAUCUGUCUCGACGACGAAGACUCCUCUAGCAGGAGGUCGAUCUCCGCACCACUCAGUCAAGGUCCUCCCAGCUACGCCCACGACGGCGUCAUUCCCUUCUAACAUCCGGCUGGUCCGCGGCCCACCGUUAGCACUCAACUUCAAUGAAGGCAUGCCUACACCGGAUGCCCACAAUCCACCAGGCUCGCCAAAUCCGUUCUCCGGAGGGGUUCUGUUUGCGAAGCGCAAGCGCAACAUUUUCAAAGGUCCGUCGCUCUCGAUCCACGGCUCGGGAGGAGGAAGAAGUGGGUCGGGCUCAGGGGGUCAUAGUCGCAGCGCGAGCACUAGCGGGUUAGGCAGACGAAGCGGCGAGAUCACGAUACAGGAAGAAGACGAGGAAGCGCUGGAAUUCGAGCCCGAGGAGGAGAUCGAAGAGGUGGAACAGUUUUCGCCGGUCCUGAGUAGACCGGGUGAGAAGGUUGAGGAGAUCUACGAGAGCACAGCUGAAGAUGAAGGCAUUGAGGUGAACAGUGAGGUGAAGGGCGAGGAGAUAAGGGUUGCUGUACGAUCAGAAGAGAAGUCGAAUUCCUAAUGCCAGUCAUGGACUGAAUUGAAAGAUACCCUGUGAUAGUUUCUAUCUAUUUUUUAAAUUUAGCCGUUUGGCCCCCCUUGCGAAGAGUUAUUGGCCCAAGACGAUACGUGAUUUAUAAGAACUGGGGUGACAUGUUCAAUUUCACUAGUAGACAGGUCGGCUGUGGUAGAUCUGAGGUACAGUGGCACGAUACGGUGCUGCUGAUGAUGAGAGAAAAUAGUAUGUAAUAAUUACCGUAGUUCAUGUACAUGAAUGGAAGAGAGUAAGUAGGAGUCCCAGGUUGAGGGCAUAUAGUUGAGAUAACUUCAGACUUACUA